CACGGACAUCACAAGCUUCGACACUUACCUGGUGGUCAAGCCACAGUGGUAUUAUAUCAUAUGUUGAUAAAUUCUAUUAAAUUUCAAUCCGACCAUAACACAAAAAUGAGUGCAAGUGCAGUUUUUUUGGUUUUGGCAAUCGGCCUUAGUAUUGCUUGUGGCUUGGACUUGUCUAGACGUGAUGGUAUCUAUCCAAAUUUAGCGAAAAGAGAUGGAAUAAUAAUGUCACCAGAUCGUUUGGCUAUAAUGCUAAUAAAUCGUGAUCAUUUAAAGAAACGAGAUAAUAUUGUAGAAGAUAUGACGAAAACAGGAAUGCCUGAUGUAAGUUCUACGAAUCGUGGGAAUUUAAUGAAACGAGAUAAUAUUGUCGAAGCUAUGACGAAAACACAAAUGUCUGGUGUGAAUCCUAUGGAUAGUGGGAAUUUAGUAAAACGAGAUAAUAUCGUAGAAGAUAUGACGAAAGCGGGAAUGCCUGAUGUCAGUUCUACGAAUCGUGGGAAUUUAAUGAAACGAGAUAAUAUUGUCGAAGCUAUGACGAAAACACAAAUGUCUGGUGUGAAUCCCAUGGAUAGUGGGAAUUUAGUAAAACGAGAUAAUAUCGUAGAAGAUAUGACGAAAGCGGGAAUGCCUGAUGUCAGUUCUACGAAUCGUGGGAAUUUAAUGAAACGAGAUAAUAUUGUCGAAGAUAUGACGAAAACACAAAUGACUGAUGUAAAUCCUAAGAAUAAAGCCGUUGAUUCGCCUUCCGUACCAUCAUUAGUUAAACGAUGUGUUAGUGAUAAGCAAUGUAUGUGCUCUGAUUCACAAAGAAAUGUAGAAAAUAGUGAAGUUGGGGAAACAGAAAUAAUGGAAUCUUCAUCUAGCUCAUCACAAAGUGAAAUAAAUGAAAGGAAAUCAGAAAAAAGGGAAUCUUCAUAUUACUCAUCACAAAGCGAUACUGAAGAAGUAGAAAAUAUGGAUUCGGGUAAUCAAUGUAUGUGUUCUGGUUCAAAAACAGAAGUAGAAAACCGCGAAGUUGGGAAAACAGAAGAAAAUAGAUCUUUAUCUUGCUCAUCACAAAGCGAAAAUGAAUUAAUGGAAAAAGAGGAAUCGGGUAAGAGUUGUAUUUGCUCCGGUUCAAAAACAAAUGUAGAAAAUCGUGAAGUUGCGAAAUCAGAAAAAAAUAAAUCUUCAUCUUGCUCAUCACAAAGCGAAUCUGAUGAAAACGAGAAAAAGGAUUCGAAAUCAGAAAAAAAGAAAUCUUCAUCUUGUUCAUGUGGAUCUGAUAAAAAGGAAAAAAAGGAUUCGAAAUCAGAAAAAAAGAAAUCUUCAUCUUGUUCAUCGGACAGUGAAUCUGAUAAAAAGGAAAAAAAAGAUUCGAAAUCAGAAAAGAAGAAAUCUUCAUCUUGUUCAUCAGAUAAUGAAUCUGACAAAAAGGAUAAAAAAGAAAAAAAGGAUAAAAAGGAUAAAAAGGAUAAAAAGGAUAAAAAGGAUAAAAAGGAUAAAAAGGAUAAAAAGGAUUCGAAAUCAGAAAAAAAGAAAUCUUCAUCUUGUUCAUCAGAUAAUGAAUCUGAUAAAAAGGAGAAAAAAGAAAAAAAGGAUAAAAAGGAUAAAACGGAUGAAAAGGAUAAAAAAGAUUCGAAAUCAGAAAAAAAGAAAUCUUCAUCUUGUUCAUCAGAUAAUGAUACUGAUAAAAAGGAUAAAAAGGAUAAAAAGAGUGAAAAGGAUAAAAAGGAUUCGAAAUCAGAAAAAAACAAAUCUUCAUCUCGUUCAUUAGACUGUGGAUCUGACGAAAAGGGAAAAAAGGAAUCGAAAUCGGAAAAAAAGAAAUCUUCAUCUUGUUCAUCAGAGAGUGGAUCUGAUAAAAAGGAAAAGAAGGAUUCGAAAUCAGAAAAAAAGAAAUCUUCAUCUUGUUCGUCAGAUAACGAAUCUGAUAAAAAGGACAAAAAGGAUAAAAAAGAUAAAAAGGAUUCGAAAUCAGAAAAAAAGAAAUCUUCAUCUUGUUCAAAUAGUGAAUCUGAUAAAAAGGAUAAAAAGGAUUCGAAAUCAGAACAAAAGAAAUCUUCAUCUUGUUCAUCAGAGAAUAAAUCAGAUAAAAAAGAAAAGAAAGAUUCGAAAUCAGAAAAAAAGAAAUCUUCAUCCUGUUCAUCAGAUAAUGAAUCUGAUAAAAAGGAUAAAAAAGAUAAAAAAGAUGAAAAGGAUAAAAAAGAUUCGAAAUCAGAAAAAAAGAAAUCUUCAUCUUGUUCAUCUGAGAGUAGAUCUGAUACAAAGGAAAAAAAGGAUUCAAAAUCAGAAAAAAAGAAAUCUUCAUCUUGUUCAUCAAAUAGUGAAUCUGAUAAAAAUGAUAAAAAGGAUUCGAAAUCAGAAAAAAAGAAAUCUUCAUCUUGUUCAUCAGAAAACGGAUCUGACAAAAAGGAUAAAAAGGAUUCGAAAUCAGAAAAUAAGAAAUCUUCAUCUUGUUCAUGUGGAUCUGAUAAAAAGGAAAAUAAAGUUUCGGGUGGUAAGAGUUGUAAGUGCUCUGAUUCAAAAAUAAAUGUAGAAAAUCGUGAAGUCGGGAAAUCAGAGAAAAAUAAAUCAUCAUCUUCCUCAUCACUCAGUGAAUCUGAUGAAAACGAAACAUAUGAUUCGAAAUCAGAAAAAAAGAAAUCUUCUUCUUGUUCAUGCGGAUCUGAUAAAAAGGAAAAUAAGAAUUCGGGAAAUACACGUGAAUAUUCUGAGUCAAAUACUGAAGAAGAGAACCGAGCAAUCAUGAAAAAUGAAAAUAAAAAAUCAUCAACUACGUCAUCACGCAACGAGAAUGGUAAAUGUGGAACAACCGGAUCGAGUGUUGGCAGAAGUUAUUCCGAGUCGAAAUCUGAUGUAGAAAACAGUGAAAUUAUGAAGAAAGAAAACCAAAAAACCUCAUCUACAUCAACACGCAGUGAAAGUGGCGGUGUAUCUGGAAUACGCAAAUCUAAUAAUCAACAAAAUAAUUAUUCUGAGAUGGAUACUGAAGAACAAGAUAAUGCAAUGACGUUAAAUGAAAAAAAUCAAUCUUCAUCUUCAUUAUCAACCGGUGGAAGUGGUGAAAAUGAAAUAAACAAAUCGGGUAAACAAUACAGUACUUUUGAAUCAGAAACAAAUGCUGAAAUGAGGCAAACGAUGAAUAAGGAAAAUAACAAAUCGUCAUCAUCUUCAGUGACACGUUAUGGAAGUGGUAAUAAGGGAGGAAUAAAUUCGUACGAUCAAGAAAAUAAUUCUCCCGAGUUGGACACUGAGCAACAAGACAAAGGAAAUUCGUUAAGUAGAAAAGGCGAUACUUCAUCUUCAUCGUCACGCUGUGGAUGUGGACAAAAUGUAGUAAACCAAUCGGGGAUAGAAUAUAGUAGUUCUGAAUCAGAAGUAGAUGAAGAAAAUAUGACUGAAUCAAUGAAGAAACAACAAAGGGAAUCAUCUUUGAUCUCAUCGUCAGGUUAUCAACGUAGCAUUGCAGAGUCAAAAUCUGAACGUGGAGAAUCAAAUACAAUUAUGAGUAAGGGACAAUCCACAUCGUCUUUAUCGUACAGCCAAGGAGGUGAAAAUGCAAUGGGAAAAGCGAAAAUGGGACAAUCGAAAUCUUCUUCCACUCUCAUUUCAGAAGGUAAAGAGGAAAUGAAUAUAGCGACACAAAAAUCUGAAUCGAGUCAGUUUGAGCGCAAUUUGAAUUAUAGCGAAUAUGAUAAUCAAGAAGAAGAGGAAAACCACUCCGAAUGCGGCUGUCAAUGAAUUCUGUAAAGUGCAGUUGUAUCUAAUAUUAUAAUAUUAUGCUGCUAUUGAAUGUUAUGUUUUUCAGUAUCUUUUAAGAGUCAAUACAAUUUUAAAUACAUUUUAUCGUUAUCUAAACUAAUAA